CACGUGUAUACAGAGUUGUAGAUAUAUUACUCUGAGAUCAGUCUUGAUCACAUCCAGCAUCAACUAAUCGAACAAAAUGACUCGCUUACCUCUGCCUGUUCCUCCUCCAAUCGACCCCUCCUAUCACCCCAAAGCAUCGAUAACUACAGUCCCGGCGAGCACCCCGGUUGAUUAUAUUGUUGCGAUCCUUGAGCGCGAUGGCGGGGUUAUCCUCAAGGACCUCGUGUCCCAGGAUGAGUUAGACACUAUCGAAGAGGAAGUCCGACCUUGGAGCAACAAAUCGCGCGUACAUGCAGACAAUGCUACUAACGGAGACGCAUUUCAUAUAAUCCCGCCUCAGACAACCCUCGUGCCUGGUCUGGUUGGCAAAUCCAAGACAGUGGCCCAGAUAUGUGAACGGCCUGUUCUAGAAGGGCUGCGCCAGAAGAUCCUCCUCGAGGAAUACGUAGCUAACCGCGAGGGUCACGUUGAGCCCACCGCUAUUAGCCCGUUACUGAGUCUGAGUAUGUCAAUGAAUAUCGGCUAUGGAGCACCUCGACAGCUCCUGCACCGCGAUGACACUAUCCACGGGAUUCGCCAUCGGUGGAAUGUCUUCCAGCCAUGGAGCUUCAAGCAUGUCUCUCAGUUUGCGUGUCUUAUCGCUGGAUGCGAAGUGACGCGGGAGAACGGGGCCACGAUGUUCGUUCCAGGCAGUCAUAAAUGGGACGAUGACCGAUGGCCGACUGCAGAUGAUGUCAGCUUUGCAGAAAUGUCCGCUGGUUCUGCCUUGAUAUUUCUUGCCGCUGCCUACCACGGUGGUGGCCACAACUCGGUCCCAGGCUCAGUCCGAACGAUGCACAGCCUGUUCUUUGUUCGAGGAAAUCUUCGCACGGAGGAGAAUCAGUUCCUUGCUAUUCCCAGGAGUAAAGUGCGAGAGAUGAGCCCAAAGAUGCUGGAACUGCUCGGGUACAAGAAGCCCACGGCGAAUUUGGGCCUCGUCGACAAUAUCAGUCCGCAUGAGGAUAUAGACGGAAUAUGGGAGAGGGCCAUGCAGUAAUACUUUUCCUGUGGAUGAUAAAUGAUGGCUUUCUGCCAGUCGACCAAAAAGGAGAACUCCUUGUUGGUCUGCCUGGAUCUCUAACAAUAAAUUAAACGAUAUUAUAACGGUUGGUAGUCUGAAUGCAUCUAUUAAGGGACUGGCAAGUGGAUGAGUAGGAACAGUCAACCAUGGACAGUCACAAAACAAGAACCCUGCAUCGGAAAAGGUCUCUAUUCCCUUUUCUAUCUAUCAAUACUGAGG